AUGUAAGAACUCGUGAACACACGUCAAACGCCGAGGUCGAUCAAUAAGUAGAGAAGAUCUGUUUUGUCAACCAACGUAGUGUAACACAACGCUUUGCGUGAAACAGCCGUUUCGCGAAGCGCGUGAGUGAGAAUCAUGUUUCGGUAAUUCUUGCUAUUCUCCGAGUGUCACGAAGAUUUUCGGUUUUGGUGGAAACAACAAUGACAUUGCUAGAAGACAGUUGGAAGGAAGCUACGUCGGGUCUAGAUCCUGCGGUAUGCGAUGUUUGGUUCACGCGUCUGCAAGAGGUUUAUUCAGAAGAAAAACGCACGUAUCACAAUUUGGAUAUGCUCAGGGAAAAGUUAAAUCACUUUUAUGAAAUCAAAGACAAUCUCAAAAACCCACGAGCUGUCUUGCUCGCUAUAUUCUUUCAAAACUUCGAAUACGACCCAAAGGCUUUGAAUGGCGAAGACAAAAAUCUUGAGCAUUUCAACACAUUCGCUGACGAGGCUAAUAUUCCAGUUGAUGCGGAGCGUAGAGAAGAAACGUGCGCCUUACUCAAAGUAGCGGCAACUCACAGCACCGAAGCGCACAAAGUGGACGGCGCUUUCGGCUACGAGGAUGCUCACUACUUCUUAGAUCUUGAUAUGGCAGUGCUUGGCUCUCCUCCGGAUAGUUACGCGGAAUACAGAGAGAAAAUACGCGGAGAGUACUCUUUUCUUAGCGAACCUAUGUACACUGCACUGCGACUGAAAGUGUUACAGAAUUUUCUGCAAAUUCCAAAUAUUUUUGCCACUAUGGGGUUCCGCGAGAAGCUGGAGGAGCAGGCGCGUCAGAACAUUCAAACAGAAGUGGAGCAGUUGUCUUAAAGAUCACCGGUCGUUUCGCUUUGUAUUCUUCUCAUACUAUCGAAGAGUUUUCAUUGCAAUUGUCAAACAAAAUCUGCUGAUAAAAUGAAUAGCUUCGACUUCGGUGAUUCUUCGUGAAGAAUCUUUCAUCGAGAUUUAAACGAUGCAACAACUUAUCCCAGUAAACACAAAGUAACAGUAACAGAACAUUAAUAUUAUAAUUUCCCACUCAACAAUGUAACUGCGAUGUAACAUGCCUCGUGCGUAGCAGUUACAUUGUUGAAUGGGAAAUUAUAACAUUAAUGUCACGUUACUGUUACUUUGUGUUUAGUGGGACGCGACGCCUACCUCAUACAGAUUGUCGUCGGUUUCAUAGAAGUGUGAAAGAAAUUUUGAACGUGGAUCUUUAUCGGAAUAAAAAAAUGUUAUAAGAUCGUGUUAUAUAUUUCACUAUAUGUAUAUUUCUCUAUGUUUUAUUUUUUCUAAGUAUAUAUGUGUAUAUUGUACGCGAGACUAUCUAUUUCUCAUUACGCACAAUCUCUUUUCUUACAGAACAUUUUUGUUACAUAUCUAACAUUUCUAAUAUGUUGAAUAUUCUAUUGCAAAUAUAUGUAUUUAAUUUAAAAAAUACAAAUUUUUAUAUAAGUUAUAAAUAUUCGUUAAAUGUGGGCGUACGCUAUUAACAACUCAUAUACGCCUACAAUAAAAUAAUUACAUAAAAAAAGUUCGUGAAUAAUUACUUCUUAACUAGCAAUCACUUUAGUUUGACAAUUGUUCAAUCAAACAUUGAAAAUGUCUUUCUCGUGUGCAAUAUAAAAAUAAUAAUCUAGUUAAUUGUCUUAUUAAGAUUUGUUAACGGAAUUGACAAAGAUAAAUAUACAUAUAUUACACAGAUUUAUAUUUUAGUUUAUUGUAAUGUGCAAAACUGAAUUGAAAAACAGUAAAUCAGAAUGUUGUGUGAAAAUCAGGAGAUUAUUUUUUUUGCAUGACUAAAGUACUGUUAAAGCUUCUUAAAACUCUCCAGAAAUUUUGAGAGUUUUGGACAAACUUAAAAAGUGAGUAAUAUUGCUGAUUAGAGAUCUUGAAAGACAAACUUGUGUUUCUUAAUGAGAGAUCCUACAAGACUUUUUGAAACAAGCUUGUGUUCUUUUAACUUCAUACAUUUUUUAACUAUGUAUAUUGUUAUAUUUUACGCAAAUUAAAAUCAAUCAUUGCUGCGAUAAAAUGUAGUGCAUUUUAAGACUUGUAUUAAAAUGUUUUAAAAAAGAGAAAGUUGUUAAAUAAUAAAUAAAAUGCGGCGGUGUUUUAACCAUUAGAAGAGGUUCCCAUAUUUGUGAGAAUUGCUCGUAAAAAUGUUAUGAAUGUAUAAUGUAAAAUAAAGACAAUUAUAAAUAUAUUGUCAAUCAAUA